CUGCGCUUCUCGGAGCCCCGGUAGCGCGGCGGCCCUUAGGCACAGGGUUCGGUCUGCAGCACCCGGCUGCGAGGACUGGCUGGCCGUUCCGUUUUUGUUUUUGUUUUUUUUUUUGGAACCUUGGGCACAUUGCUGUCAGUUCCUCGUUUGUAAAAAUGGGCUUGAUAAUAUCUGCCUGCGGGUGGAAUAAAUGUCGGUGUGCCUGACUGCGGGGCUGUGUCUGCGCCUGACGGUUAGCAGGGCUCGGGUAGUUGUGGGAACAGUCGGCUAUCAUCACUGCCUGAAUUUUGACAGCAACCAGGUACACUGGCCAAGCUCUGCCCUCUGGCCGGACAGGCAAACCUCUGCUCCAGUAAGAGCCUCCGUAGGCGGAGCUGGACUGCUUUCAGAGUGGACUGCCAGGUGGAAGGGAGAGAAAAGAGAGAUGGAAACCUUCAAAUCUGGGGAUAAAAAGAGGGUCCUUCCCACAUGGAUGACAGCCCAGGUGGCCGAGAAGAGACAGGUGCCCGUGAAGACCCCGAAAGCGAGGACAUCGGCAGCAAUGCCAAGGGCUGCCGCCGCAAGACUUCCUGCCACGAGGACUGUGUACUGCAUGAGUGAGGCCGAAAUGGUGGAUGUCGCCCUGGGGAUACUGAUUGAGGCCCGGAAACAGGAACAGCCCUUGGAGCCACCGACUCCGGCUGGUGCUGAUAAGCCGGAGCUGUCCCGGGCCCACUCCGCUUUGUCACCGUCACCGAGCUCUCCUGGGAGCAGAAGUGAGGACGAGGACAAUGAGAAAGACGCCCUUCCUCCAGGCCACAGCCCUCAGGGGCCCGCGGGGUCUGACUCUGCCCGCAGCAGAAGCCCCGAGGAGGACGAGGACAUGUUAAAAUACGUCAGGGAAAUAUUUUUCAGCUGAACGGACAGGCUUCCCAGGACUUUCUACCCAGAGCGCUGGAGGAAGCCGGCCUCCCCUCCCGCCCGGGGCCUGCCAGCUGCUCCCGCUCCUCCCCUCGUCCGCUCCUCCCUGGCAGGUAGUCACCUCCUUGGGGAGCUGCCCUGUUGAGUGUGUGCAAGUGAGGAGUCCAAAUGCGCUUCCGUCAGAAUUUCUCCCUGCGCUGUGCCUUCUCCACUCGGAGGCCGUGGUUUUAUUGGCCUUCCAGGUCCAGGGAAGGUGGGGACAUGGUGGCCAAACUUAGUGAACCGAAGAGCCAACUUAAUAAUUUUCAGCGAAAAAGAGGCAUUGCUGCUAAGUGCACCGGAAUCCCCACCGUCUGGUCCCCCCGAUCUCUCCCUAAGGAGGACGGCUGUUCUGAACGCAGUUCCUGUCACUCGCACAGCCCCCCACCCCCACCCCCGGCAGGUGCCCCGCCCACAGUGCUCUGCUCUGUGUGGGAUCUUGAAACUCCGUGUGCAGAUCGGAAGCCCCCCUCCCCCAGGCGGCCACCGUCCUGCCACUUGGCGGCUCAGCCUCAGUCCCUGGGCAGUUGUAAAGCGCCAGUGGGACGGGAGCCCUGCGAAGACCCUAAAGACAAGAUCACACCGGAGUCCGUGUUUCUGACUCUAUUCAGUGUGGUUUUUGACAGGCACAGAAUAAGGCAGUCAUUUGCUGUAUAGGUUUUCCAAUAUAUAGGUGCUGAAAAAUACAAACAGUUCCCCAG